CAUGUGUCUCUACUAGCAUUUAACAAAUAUUUAGGAAAAAAAAAAAAAGCAAACAAACAAACAAACAAACGAACGAAAACAAAAGAAGCUGGAAUUCCAUUAUCUCACUGUGUUUCUCUUCCUCUGAAUAAUGUUGAGGGAGAAAACUGGAAGCUCAAAUUCCAAACCCUAGCAGCCAUCUCAUUGAAAACCCCUCCCAAUCAUGAAGAGAAUCAGACCCUACUCCAAUCCUUAGCUACCAACUCGUUGAAAACCCUCCCAAUCAUGAAGAGAACCAGACCACACAUUCAAUCACCUCCUUCAACUCCUCCAACCCCACAAACCCUCCUCAGAAUCCGCCAUUCCAAGCCGCCCACCAAAACACCCAGAACCAUUCUCAAUUCCAUCUCUUCGUCGCCGCAAUCCGGUAACUCCGAAUGGGUUCCCCUUAAUCUUGGCCGUUCCGAGCUUUCCUUGCCGCUCACCUUCCCGACCGGCCAGACCUUCCGGUGGAAACAGACCGGAAAUCUCCAAUACACCGGCGUUGUUGGGUCCCACUUAGUUUCCCUCAAGCACAUCUCAAACGGCGACGUUUCUUACUUCAUUCACCAUACUACCUCUGAGGCUGAUUGCGGUUUGGCUUUGAGAGAUUUUCUCAAUGUGGGUAUUUCUCUGAGUGACAUUUGGGAGGUGUUUUCGGAAUCCGACUCGAGAUUCGCAGAGUUGGCUACCCAUUUGGGCGGUGCUCGAGUGCUCAGGCAAGACCCGCUUGAGUGUUUGAUUCAGUUCCUGUGUUCGUCUAACAAUAAUAUUCAGAGGAUUACGAAAAUGGUGGAUUUUGUUUCGUCUCUGGGGAAUCAUUUGGGGACCGUUGAAGGUUUUGAGUUCCACGAGUUUCCUUCUUUGGAGAGCUUGUCGAAAGUCUCGGAGAAAGAGUUUAGAGAGGCUGGUUUUGGUUACAGGGCCAAAUAUAUUACUGGCACCGUAAAGGCGUUGCAGUUGAAAAACGGUGGAGGUGUAGAAUGGCUUAUGUCUCUUCGUAAAUUAGAUCUUGAAGAGGUUAUCGAUGCCCUUUCCUCUUUACCAGGAGUUGGUCCCAAAGUAGCAGCAUGCAUAGCUCUUUUCUCUCUGGAUCAACAUCAUGCCAUUCCUGUUGAUACACAUGUGUGGAAGAUUGCUACAAGGUAUCUCAUACCCGAGCUUGCUGGUGCCCGUUUGACACCUAAACUCUGUAACCGUGUGGCAGAGGCAUUCGUGAGUAGAUACGGGAAAUAUGCUGGCUGGGCACAAACCCUGCUUUUCAUUGCUGAAUUACCCUCACAAAAGGCCCACCUACCGCCACAUUAUUGGAAUGUUAAAAAGAAAAAAUCUGGCAAAAACAGAUUGGACAAAGUAGCAGAAACUAUUACCGAUGAUUAUAUAUGAAAUAAAAAAUAAAAAAUUGAUGUUUGUUAGGUCAAAUUUAACGUAAAUGUGUAUUUUUUUCUACAGCAAGAUCUAUUGAUCUUUGGGGAAAACUAAAUUACAAGCGUGUAUUGUUAAUGUAUGAGCUUAGAGAUUGAAUCCUGUAAAAGGUUGGAAACAGAAUGUAUUUCCUCAUUGGCAUUACCAUA